AUGGAUUCCGUUGUUCAUUUUGAUUUGUAUCCAGAGCAUUUCUAUCAAAAAAUAAUAGAUGAGUUACCAUUUCUUAUUGUUCUAGUACUUGCCUGCAACUCCAGUUCACCCUACCAGAGGUACCUUCUCAAUUCCAUCUACAAAGAAAUCGAAAUUCAAUAUAUUUCUCCUCUGCCAGGACUAAGACUCGAAUUUUUAAAGCAAUUUUAUCUUCUAAGAUAUAAUGUUAUAAAUCCUAGUGAUGAGAAAGAUUAUGUUCCCUGUAAGGUAGUUGGAAAAAAUGUAGAUCUGUUGGUAACUUUUCUUAACGAGAAUCCCCUGGUUGCUGUUCGUCAUCUACGAUUGGUUGCGAUACCAAGUGAAGAAGUAAUUGCAAAAGUUAGAAGUCUUUCUGACAGAAUUGGUAAGAUUACUUUUAUUUCUGCUCGUGUAAUUGAUGAACAACAAGAUGCCAGCAUGAAUUGGCCAACAGAAAGAGACGCAGCAUACUUGUGUGGACUUCGCAUGCAUCUAGAUUUAAACUUUUCAGAUCCAACAAAUUACAGUGAUACCCUUCUGGAACUUCUUUUCAAGCUUCGGUAUCCACCCAGACUUGAAUUUCUAAGUUUGUCCGGUGGCAAGGAAGCGAUUGACUCUAAAGUAUUUUCUCGCUUUCCACGAACUAUUAAAUCCCUCAUCUUGGACCUCUAUGAUAUUCAAUGUGAUGGAUUUUUGAAAUUGAACUUGCCUCCUUUCUUGAAAUUUUUCUCGUGUACAGUAAUUGUUGAUAAGAAUAACAGAUGUUUUGAUAUUUCCCAUCUUUCCCAUCUUACAGAGGUGAAAUUGUUUUUCUACUAUCAUCUAAUUCCAUUGUCUAUCUUCAGAUUUCCUCGUCUGUUGCAGACAUUAAGUGUGGAUAGUGGCCUUUCAUCUUCGGGUAUGGAACAACUUGCAGAAUUAGACCAAUUAAAACAAGUAACCAUACGUGUUUAUCGUAGUCCGAACAAUCCGGUACCAAUCUUAAGGGAAGCAGUCCAUUUACCAAAUUCUAUUGAAGAUCUCCUGAUACAAGAUUACACUAUUGACGGCGAUGUUGAUGGUGCAUAUUUUAUUCCAAAAAGCACAAAGAAGCUCCAACUUCAAAAUAGCUACGGACUUUACUUUAUUCUGGAAUUGAGCGUCUUAGAAUCACUACACAUUAGCUAUACUUCGUGUAGGAUUCCUCAUCUACAAAAUUUGAAUACUUUGGUAAUAAAGAGUGUGGAAAUUGAUUCUGUAUCCAUGUGGAAAGAUGUACAUCGCCUUACAAACUUGAAACAUAUGAGCAUAAAUGAUUGCGAACUUGAUUGCUUGAAUUGCACUCUUCCUAGUUUCCUUGAAACUCUCGAUGUUUCACGAAACAAUAUCGAAGAAGCUGAUAUCAUACUUCCUGCAAAUUUCAAGAGUUUGGAUAUCUCUCAUAAUGAAAUAUGCAAAUUCAGUGCUAAAGGCAGAUUGUUGACAUUGAAUCUUGAUACUAAUCGCAUGUCCGAAUUAUCGAAUUCAACUCUCUGUAUCCCCUGUACCGUUUGUGAAUUGAACAUGAGUAAUAACGAUACGAUAUCAAUUUCAAGUGACUUUUCUUUUCCAGAAUCUGUGAAGGUGUUACGCUUAGAUUACAACUUCUUUUCUGAUUAUACGGUAUUAUUCAAGAUGCCUUCCCAGAUCUUGUUGCUACUGUUGGACAGUUCUUUUUUUUUAUAUCCAGAAACUAAAGAACCAACUCCAGUAAUAAUGAAUUAUCCGAAGCUCUGGCAUUUCAGUAUGACAUCCUCCAUAGGUACUGAGUAUCUUGACUUCAAUUGGAAUGGUUGUCCGAAUCUAGAAAGUAUCUUGAUGAAUGGCUGCAAGUUUGAAAUAAUUAAACUUGAAAAUCUUCCGCCUUCAGUCAAGAUUGUUGAUUUCAGUGAUUGUAAAGUUCGAAAAGUUGAAGGAAGAUUUGAGAGAUUACCUCAUUUGAUCGAGUUCAAUCUCGAAGACAACCGAUUGGCUCCAGGAGUAGAAACUUUCGGAAAAAUGGGAAUGGGUUACGUCUCCCAAGCAUUGCGUUGGUGA